CGCCCUCGCCCGUCUGCGUUUGCCCCUCGGCCUCCUGCCUCCGCGACGGUCCUCCCGCCGCUGCCUGCCGCUGAGGUCCCUCGGCGCCGGACCCCUGCCCUGCCCUCCGCCUCUGCCCGGGGUCGCUGGCGGCCUCCCCGCCCCUCUCUCUGGCUCCGCUCCGGCCUCUGCUGGGAUCCCAGUCUGCGUCCGCCUCGGUGCCCUCCGUCUCUCCGCGCCUCGUCCCCGCCUGCCCGCCGCCAUCUCCGCCUCCGCUGUCCUUGGCAGCGGCUGUCACGGCCGUGCGUCCUCCCCUCUGCCCCUGCCCCUGCCCCUGCCGCCCCGGGGUGCCGGGCUUGACCUCAGUCGAUGCCCGUUUCCGAUCCCCGGUCCGGCCGGCUCUCCCUCUCCGGCACAGCUGUCUGUCCGCCCUUGCCUUCCGACCCCUCGAGUGCCCGAGUCCGUGACCCGCUCCCCUUGCGCUGGGGCUGUGCGGACCGCAGAACCCCGCACCGUAACGCCCUCCCCCACAGGCAGCCCUCUCCUCGGGGCCCCGCCGGGCACCAGGGCCCCCCGCGCCAGGGCGGCUGCGCCUGGAAGCCGUAAUGGAGGCCCUGCAGAGGCAGCAGGCCGCUCGGCUGGCCCAAGGGGCGGGGCCGUUGGUCCCUCCUCACCCUCCGCCGCCGCCAAGGCCUCCCCUGCCUGGCCUGCGGACCCUGAAGCCUCCUGAGGGGACGGUGGGUGAGAUUGGGGCUGAGGAAGAGGAGGGUGCUGAAGAGGAGGAGGAAGAGCAGGAAGCUGGAGCGGAGGAAGAGGCGGCGGCCCGGGGCCCCCGCUCGCCUCCUGAGCCCCAUCCCCACGAGUGGACCUACGAGGAACAGUUCAAGCAGCUAUACGAGCUUGAUGCAGACCCCAAGAGGAAGGAGUUUCUGGACGACCUGUUUAGCUUCAUGCAGAAGAGGGGGACACCGGUGAACCGUGUGCCCAUUAUGGCGAAGCAAGUGCUGGAUCUCUACGCGCUGUUUCGCCUGGUGACAGCCAAGGGCGGUCUGGUGGAGGUCAUCAACCGGAAGGUGUGGCGGGAAGUCACCCGCGGCCUCAGUCUGCCCACCACCAUCACCUCGGCAGAGAGUGGAAUUCCCGCCCCCCGUCUGGCCCUACCCGUGGGCCUCGCCUUGGGACCUGUACAGAAGAAGAUGGCACCAGAGGAGCCUCCAGAGAAGCGGGCCGUGCUCAUGGGCGCCGUGGACCCGCCUCAUCCUGGGGCAGCCCCCGGUUUCCUACCCCGUGGCAAGGUUCCUCUGAGGGAAGAGCGGCUGGAUGAGCCCCUCAGUCUGGCAGGCAGUGGCAUCAGCAGUAUCAACAUGGCACUAGAGAUCAACGGGGUGGUCUACACUGGCGUUCUCUUUGCCCGUCGCCAGCCUGUCACAGCUUCCCAGGGCCCAGCUAACCCCGCACCCCCACCCUCAGCAGGACCCCCUGUCAACACCUUGCCCUGAGAGCUCCUGCUCAGAACUAAGUCCCAGCCCCACUGCUGGGUGGGCACCUUCUCACCCUGAUUCUUUCAAAAUGCCCACUCUGGGCCCUGAUCGACACCAUACCCCACCUCCCUGCUAAAUGUUUUACCUUGCUCUUUCAUCUACCUCAUCGUAAAAGGAGGGCACCUCCUCGCUGGCCAAUUCCAGCAGCAUCUACCAAAGAAUUCUUGCCCCAGAAACCCACAUCAUCUCCUCCCGUGCCCCUGUGUCAGUGUCAUCUGUGGCACCCCCCCUGAGUCAGCCCCGCUUCCCCUCAGGAGCCAGUGACUGGCGGAGUGUUAUGAAGGAAAUGGCCCUCGGGUCACAUCUGGAAAAUAAAGCCCUGAUCCCUCCCUC